CCGCCCCUUCGCGCGGAUUCCGUCGCCGUCGAUGGCCUUGCUGCUCACCCCGGCGAAAUGGCUAGCUGACCUCCUCCCACGGCGCGUACGGGCCGCGGACUCGUACUACGAGCGUCUCCCUGGGACCGCCGCAGGUCCCUCGAAAGCGCGGGGCCCGCGCUCGCAGGGCGUUCUGGUCCGCGUCUGCCACAUCCUAUUAGUCCGGCGGCGAGCGCGGACGUUCUUCGUCGUCCUGGGCACCCUGAUUGGAGCGGCGGUGGCGGUGUUCCUGUACAUCCUCACUAUCCCGCUCCCGCCGCUGUACUCCAGGUUCCAUGCGGCGGAGCUCGAUCUGCGGCAGCAUGACUCCUCGCUCCCUUACCCUGAAGGCAAGCACGGGAAAUUCCUGUGGGUCGCCAACCAUGCGAGCAAGUGCGGGUGGGGAAACGCGAUGCAAGAGCUGUUCCUUAACGCCUACCUUGCAUACCGGAGCGACCGAGCGUUUGUGUUCGACAACUAUACCUGGAGCCGGGACGAGGGCGACUACUCGCUCUAUAAUCUGAAGCCUAUACCCUCAAGGACACCCUUGACAGCUCUGAUCAGAGGCCCUAUCGUAGGGGGCGCAUUCCCUAAAGGCGACCAUGCCCCCAGGGCGGUCAUCCCCGAGUACUUCUACGAGAUAUGCAAGGACCGCGAAAUCAUCGGAAGCUACGCGGUCAAUGGCCCGCUCGCCGACGCUUCUGCAGAGACGCUCAUCAAGGCGUGGACGCAGCGUAUGGCGCCACAUCGCUGCGUGGAGGUAGAGUUCUCUCCCCCUGAGGUAUUCGACGAACACCUAUUCGCAGACGCACACCGGCUCCUAGACGUCUGGCCGCAGUUCUCGCAAUCACCCAUCGUGCAACACUUCAGCUGGUCCGCGCUCGUCGAGCUCGCAUUCGACACCAACCGGCACAUCAUCUCACCCUCCACCUCCCCGCUCGGCCCGCCGCUCUCCGCCGCCCCGCUCGCGGACGGCCUCGCGCGCUACACGCCCGCCCCCGGGCUCCUCGCGCUGCACAUCCGACGCGGCGACUUCGGCGGGCACUGCUUCGACGUGCUCGCGCGCCGCUCCAUAGGCUACACCGGCUUCAACUCGUUCCCGUCCCUCCCGGACCACUGGGAGCUGCCCGCGGACGCGUCCGCGCGCGAGAAGAAUGCGCUGUAUAGCCGGCAUUGCUUCCCGGACAUCGACGCGAUUGUGCAGCGCGUGGAGGAGGUGCGCGCGGGGCCGCAGGGGCGGGGGCUGACGGAUGUGUAUAUCAUGACGAACGGGUCGCCGUCGUGGGUGGGGAGGCUGAAGGCGGCACUGAGGAGGAAGCACGCGUGGGCGAGCAUUGCGAGCAGUAGGGACCUGAUACUUACUCAGGAGCAGAAGUAUGUUGCGCAGGCGGUGGAUAUGCUUGUCGCGCAGCAGGCGCAGGUAUUCAUCGGGAACGGGUUCUCGACACUUUCUGGGAUGGUUGUUAUGCUCCGGAUGGCCGGCGGCGUACCUCCAGAGGCAACUCGGCAUUGGUAACACGCGCCAUAUGCUGGUCUACCUCUGUAUCUGCUUGUGUAGAGGGGCGCUCCCUUGAUUCCUUGCUCUAUCGCCAUAUAGGAACCCCG